GGCAACGACCCUCCUCCAUUAAAUCCACCACCUCGACACCCACGCCUCACGACAGCCUCAACCCCGACUUGAUUUGAGACCGCUACUGUCGUCGGUCCCUGGGACCAUCGGUCGACAUGCCUGUCAAGCGCAAAGCCUCCGCAAACGUCGUAGGUGCGGUUAAGUCUGGUCGAGCAUCCGCGGCCUCCACACCUGGCCCCGCGACACCGCGCGACAUCGACAGCGACGAAGAAGAUGUCGAGGCCGUAGAGGUGCCCGCCGACAACGAGGAACAGCUGCAGAACGCCGUCGACCGGUUCUCCCUUGCGGCAUACCAGGACCGAUCCGUGCGCGGCCCUGUCGACAGCGCUUCGAGAUACUUUGGCGACAAUGGCAAGCGUGAUUUCUCUUAUUUGCCGCUCAAGCCCGACUACAAGAGCCGUCCGAUAUGGAUCGAUCCCCAGCGAGGGCGGAUCAUCCUUGAGAACUUCAGCGCCCUAGCCGAGCAAGCCAAGGACUUUCUGAUCACCGUCGCCGAGCCUCUAUCACGACCAACUUUCCUGCACGAAUACUCCUUGACGACACACAGCUUGUAUGCCGCCGUGUCGGUAGGACUCCAGCCUCAAGACAUUGUUAACACGCUGGAGCGAUUCUCCAAGACGCCACUUCCACCUUCAAUAUCGGGUUUCAUUCAGAGCUGCGCUUCGAGUUACGGCAAGGUCAAACUGGUCAUCAAGGACAACAAGUACUUCAUCGAGAGCAACGAUCCAGAUGUCCUGCAGAAGCUGCUGAAAGAUCCCGUCAUUGGGCCAUGUCGUGUCCAAGGUACCGAGACGGUUACUACAGCGCCGUCUAUGGUUGGCCUCGUCAUUCCAGGUACCUCGAACGCCGCCGGCGUACAACAGGCAGCGAUCAACAAGGGCGAGAAGCGAGAGGGCGAGCAACAGGACGGGGACAAGGCAGAGAACCCAUACGAUGCACUGCGAGAGGACGAUGACGACGACAACUCUGAAGCUGUGCAUGCUUUCGAAAUUCCUGAUACAGCUGUGGAGAUUGUGCAAAAACGAUGCUUGGAGAUCCAAUAUCCUAUGCUCGAGGAGUAUGAUUUCCGCAACGAUGACAAGAACGCAAACCUCGAGAUCGACUUGAGGCCGGCCACCCAGAUCCGAAGCUACCAGGAGAAAAGCUUGAGUAAGAUGUUCGGUAACGGACGAGCCAAGAGUGGAAUCAUCGUGCUGCCCUGCGGAGCCGGCAAGACCUUGGUUGGCAUUACAGCUGCUUGCACCAUCAAGAAGGGAGCCAUCGUGCUUUGCACCAGCACGAUGUCUGCGCAUCAGUGGCGACAGGAAUUCCUGAAGUGGUGCAAUAUUCGUCCCGAAGACAUUGCUGUCUUCACGGCCGACAGCAAGCAACGCUUCCCCGGAAACACGGGUAUCAUCGUCACCACCUAUCCUAUGGUCACUCAAUCUGGCAAGCGCGCGCACGAUUCGCAAAAGAUGAUGGAUUUCUUGACUCAACGAGAAUGGGGUCUGAUGCUGUUGGACGAGGUGCACGUCGUGCCUGCCAAUAUCUUCAGAAAAGUGUCUAGUCAGAUCAAGAGUCACUCUAAGCUGGGCUUAACCGCGACACUUCUUCGUGAGGACGACAAGAUCCAAGAUCUCAACUUCCUCAUCGGACCAAAGCUGUACGAGGCGAACUGGAUGGAACUGUCGGAGCAAGGACACAUCGCCCGCGUGCAGUGUGCUGAGGUGUGGUGCCCGAUGACAACAGAGUUUUACGACGAGUAUCUCCGCAGUCAGGAUCGUGGUCUCAAGGCCAACCUCUACGUCAUGAACCCACGCAAGAUCCAAGCGUGCCAGUUCCUUAUCAAGUAUCACGAGGACAGAGGCGACAAGGUUAUUGUGUUUUCGGACAAUGUCUACGCCCUGGAGCAUGUGGCCAAGUCGCUGGAAAAGGCGUACAUCUGUGGUUCCACGCCCAACGCGGAGCGUAUGCACAUCCUCGAGAACUUCCAGCACAACCCACUCGUCAAGACCGUCUUCUUGUCAAAGAUUGGCGACACGUCUCUCGACUUGCCGGAAGCAACGUGCCUCAUUCAGAUCUCGUCGCACUACGGAUCUCGCCGUCAAGAAGCACAGCGGCUUGGUCGUAUUCUACGGGCCAAGCGAAGAAGCGAUGAAGGAUUCAAUGCCUUCUUCUACUCGCUUGUUUCGAAAGAUACCGCCGAGAUGUACUACUCAACCAAGAGGCAGGCUUUCCUGGUAGACCAGGGAUACUCUUUCAAGGUCAUCACCCAGCUUGCCGGGAUGGACCAGAUGGAGGGUCUUGUGUUCAGCACCCCUCAGGCACGCCGGGAGCUGCUGCAGAAGGUCAUUGUCGAUACAGAAGCGAAGCGAGCUGACGACAAUGAAGAUGUGACGGACGAUCUUUUCUGGUCUGCGGGCAUCAAGAAGAAGGCCAAGAGGGCUGGCGCGCGGCGGACGGCCGGCACGCUGGGAGAGCUCAGCGGCGGACAGGACAUGGCGUAUAUUGAGCAGCGCAAGAACGUCAACAAGACGCUCAAGAAGAAGCCCACGCAGAACGCAUGGUUCAAGAAGUUUGGGCGGGAGCAGAAAAAAUUCCAGGACGCACAGCAAGGGAACUGAUUGCGGUCCACGGGAAGAGGCAGCCGGGCCUGGCUUGUACAAGAUUGGCAUGGCUAAAUUGCGAAAAGGAUUUGCAUUUACAUAUAUGGUCUGGGUCUAUUUGACAAGUCUUUUGGGACAACAAUUGGGAAUUAGGCGUUAUGAAAGCGGAGCCUGGGCAGCAUUCCAAGUGGCUACUUUAAGUUUAUAUAAAAAUUACAGAGCAUUGAGACGCAUUUAUACAACCAUGGCAGGAGAGAGACCAGGGCUGCUCUCUCCUUUGGUGGUUUCGCGAACGCGCAUUGUAGAGAGGGAAAGUAUAGCAGUGAAAUUCGGGAGGCGAUUGCAAAAGUUGGAGAAAUGGGACCUGUGCCUAUGAGAACUUGCAUGGCAGAACGGAGACUGCCCAGGUGAACAUGGCGG